UUAAAAAUCCAUGCUCCUUUGAUAAGUGUCGAGAGACACUGUUUAGCUAUAAAAAGUAGCCUCAUCUUUCCUUUAUUGAACACACAAAUCUCUCUCUCUCUCUCUCUCUCUCUAGAUCAGGAAAAAGCAAAAUCCCACUUUCAUCCUUCUUCCAUUUUUGGUGAGUGGUGGAGAGAUUGCAAAACCUAAUCCGGCUUCCUCCAUCUCGAAAAGAGGAUAUGGCGAGAGAGAAGAUAAGGAUAAAGAAGAUAGACAACGUGACUGCGAGGCAAGUGACCUUCUCUAAGAGAAGAAGAGGAAUCUUCAAAAAAGCUGAAGAGCUCUCCGUUCUCUGCGAUGCUGAAGUCGCUCUCAUCAUCUUCUCCGCCACCGGAAAGCUCUUCGAGUUCUCUAGUUCAAGAAGAAUGAGAGACAUGUUGGCAAGGUAUAACCUUCAUGCUAGUAACCUCAACAAAUUCAACCCUCCUCCUCUCGAUAUUCAGCUAGAGAAUAGCAACCUCGUGAGACUGAGCAAAGAAGUUGAAGAUAAAACCAAGCAGCUAAGGCAACUGAGAGGUGAGGAUCUCCAAGGUUUGAGCUUGGAUGAUUUGCAACGGCUGGAGAAAUUGGUUGAAUCAGGACUCGGCCGAGUUCUUGAGAAAAAGGGCGAGAGUAUUAUGGGCGAGAUUUCUUCACUUGAGAAAAGGGGAGCAGCGUUGGCGGAGGAGAACAGCAAGCUGAAAGAGAGGCUGAUGACGUUGGAGAGAGGCAAAACGACCGCGUUUGGGGAAGGUGAAAUUGUAGCAACGCGAGAUGGGAUAUCGUUGGAAUCAGCUCUGACGACCAAUCUCUCUAGCUCUGCCAGUGGAUCUCUCCCUGACGAUUUCUCCGACACUUCGCUUAAACUCGCGCUUCCCUUUUCCUCGUGAUUCUAGAGACAGAAAGAGACAUUGGAGAAUUAAAAUAACUUUUUUUUUUCGAUUUCCCUUUUUUCCUGGAAAUUAUAUGGAUUAUGAAAUGUUAUAUAUAUUGCAACUAAUGAUCGAAUAACGUGAUCAUAAAAUAUCAGUUAUUUACAUUUAUUCA